GUGCCGAGGUGUCGGCGGGCGGGGCAGCAGCCAGGAGCCGGGGGUCGGUGCGUUGGUCAUGUUUCCCUUCGGGCCCGGUAGCCCCGGAGGGGACAGGGCGGCCGGAGCCGGGGCUGAGGAGCCGGCACCCGACGCGAGACAGGAGGCAGCUGCCGGGCCGCACCCUUCUUCGCCCCCGUCGCUACAGCAGGGGGCUGACGCAGCCCCUCCCCCGUCGCCCUGCGGGAGCCCUCGCCGCCCCUGCGCCCCUUCGCAGCCCCAGGCUGGGCGCGCGGGGGAGCUCCGGCCGCCCGGAGCUCUAAAGUCCUCAACCGCUUCCGCCCAGGAAGAGCAGUCACCGCCCUCCCCACCGCGCCGGCAACCUGGGCCUGACUGCGGGGCCGGGAGCCGGGGCCGGCACUGCCUCAGCGCCCGCCUGGGCGGCCCUGGCGCCCGGCUGUUCGGGUGGCUGAGAGAGCGCAGCCUGGGCCGCGGGGUGUUCGUGGAUCCGGCGCGAGACAAUUUCCGUACCAUGACUAACCUCUAUGGUUCCAUCCAUCCCGCGGACUCGGUGUACCUCAGCACCCGCACCCAUGGGGCCGUCUUCAACCUCGAGUACUCGCCCGACGGGUCAGUGCUGACAGUUGCUUGUGAACAGACUGAAGUUCUGCUUUUUGAUCCUAUAUCUUCAAAGCACAUAAAAACACUUUCUGAAGCUCAUGAAGACUGUGUAAAUAAUAUAAGAUUUCUUGAUAACCGGCUGUUUGCUACCUGCUCUGAUGACACUACAAUAGCACUGUGGGAUCUGAGAAAACUGAACAGCAAAGUAUGCACUUUACAUGGUCACACUAGCUGGGUGAAGAACAUCGAAUAUGAUACUAAUACAAGACUCUUAGUAACGUCAGGAUUUGAUGGAAAUGUCAUUAUUUGGGACACCAACAGGUGUACAGAAGAUGGGUGUCCACAUAAGAAAUUCUUUCACACACGUUUUCUCAUGCGAAUGAGAUUAACACCAGAUUGUUCCAAAAUGUUGAUCUCAACGUCCUCUGGAUAUCUCUUGAUUUUGCAUGAUCUUGACUUAACCAAGUCUUUAGAAGUAGGCAGCUAUCCCAUUUUGAGAGCAAGAAGAACAACAUCGAGUUCAGAUCUUACCACUUUGUCGAGUUCAUCUGGUCCUAGAGUUUCUGGUUCACCUCAUCAUAGUGAUUCUAAUUCAUCUUCUGAGAAACACAUGUCACGAGCCUCACAAAGAGAAGGAAUUUCACCACGAAACAGUCUUGAAGUCUUAACCCCUGAAGUUCCUGGUGAGAGAGACCGUGGAAAUUGCAUCACAUCGUUACAGCUACACCCAAAAGGCUGGGCCACUCUUCUUCGGUGCUCAAGCAACACUGAUGAUCAGGAGUGGACUUGUGUCUAUGAAUUCCAAGAAGGAGCCCCCGUGCGACCAGUCUCACCUCGCUGUUCUCUACGACUGACUCAUUACAUUGAAGAAGCCAAUGUAGGCAGGGGUUAUAUCAAAGAACUUUGCUUCAGCCCUGAUGGGCGAAUGAUUUCUUCCCCACAUGGCUACGGGAUUCGCUUGUUGGGAUUUGACAAACAGUGCAGUGAACUUAUUGACUGUUUGCCCAAAGAAGCCAGUCCCCUGCGGGUGAUCCGUUCUCUGUACUCUCAUAAUGAUGUGGUACUGACGACAAAGUUCUCUCCAACACAUUGUCAGAUCGCCUCUGGGUGCCUUAGUGGACGGGUUUCUUUGUAUCAGCCAAAGUUUUAGGCACAACUUACAUCAAAUAAGGAACUCUUCUGGUGUUUGGAUUAUAUAUUACUUCAAUUUAGGUGAAGUAUUUUCUUUUUAGAAGAUCUUAAAAGUUUGGGUCAAGAUCCUAGUUCUUAUGGGUCCAUGAACACACCUGUGACCUGAGUACUUGGUCGUCCAGCAUCACAGGGGCAUCGCCAAGUUGGACUCCAGGCAGCACCAUCUUUUGCAGCAUUCCUAGGCUCCUGCUGAUCUGUGCCACUGAACUCCAGUUCUGCUGGUUGUUUUGCAUGGUAGCUCUUGUCAAGUUUCUUUCUUUUAAUUAUCUUUUCUGUUUUUUGAUUUUGGUGUGAAUUUUGUGGACAUUUGGCAGGAGUUUUGGUUGGAUUAGGAGAAACUCGUGAUGCUAGUGUUGAAUAAAACCCAGAAGUUUGACGUUGGCAUACUGGUCGUUGAAAAGAAAUUACAUCUUAUCAGUAUACUUGGCCUUUUAAAGUUGCUGUUGUUUCUCUAUAAUGAGCACAGAUAAUGGCAUUAUUCUUACAACUGUUAUAGUUUUGCAGCAAAAUGUCUUUUAAGUUUCCUGUUAAAGUUAUACAUAUUUUUAACUGUGAGAGGGAUUUUGUUGUGAAAUUCUAGAAAAAAAAAUUACCACCUCUUUGUAGUUUAUUUGUACGAAUUUUUAAAUCUGUAGCAUGUGUCCUUACUUGGUAUUUUGUUCCUGUCAACAGCAUUAGAAAGGAAAAGAGGAGAAGGAAUGGGCUUUGGUCAUUUCUAUUGUAUAGAAGAGGAUUUAUUUAUUAGAUUAUACUCUCUAUCUGGCCACAGAGUGAUGAGAACAAUGUGGCUUAGAUUUUCUGUUUCCUCUGUCAGAUUAUUUGAAUCACAGAGGAUGACAGGUGGAGGGAAAAUCGAGAGUAAAGACGUUGUGUUUUUCUGAUCAUCCUUGAGCUCAGCUCUCUUGCCAUUAAUGGAGAACUGUGAUUGUUUUCAAGCUGUUGUCAUAACUGUGGUGGUCCGUGACUUCGGUGUCGUGACUAAGACCUUUUGUUAUGUUUUGUUAUGGAACACAGCAAGUAGAAAGCAUCAUUCAGGGGCCAGGCAUAAGGCUGACUACUCUGCUGAAGUAAGCAGCUUUUUUCUAGUCUCCUCCACUUUGAAUGGGACUAUCCUUAGAAGAGAUUUGCCAGAGGCUGGAGUAAUUUGAGCCACAUGCUAGCUUUUUCCCUCUUAGAACACAUUCUCUUAGGCCAGUGGUUCUCAAACAUUAGGGUGCAUUAUAAUCACUGGGGAGCUUGUGAAAAAUAGAGAAACCUGGCCCUCACCUUAGGAGGUUCUGAUUCAGACAGGGAGAGGACAGGAAUCUGUAUUUUUAACACGAACCCCAAGUAAUCUGUAUUCAGGUGGUUCCUGGAUCACAGCUUCAAAUAUUACUACCUUAAACAUCAGUAAAUAUUUCUGUACCCAUCAGGUGCUUAACACAACUCCCAGAAAGUGUUUUGAUUAUUUAAAAAAAUAAGCAAAUAAAAGCAAUUUUAGAGGUAGAAAAUAACUUAAAAUGGACUCAAUCUCGUUAUUAGAUGAAUGAGAGAAGUUAAGUGACUUGCCUAAAGUCAUCCUGCAAAAUUAGUGGCAGAGCCAGGACUUGAAUUCAAGUCUUAAUUCCUUGCUCAGGGCAAUUUCUACUGUAUUAUGCUGGCUGUUAAAACAGUGACUUAUGAACACUUUUUUUGUCUUUAAGUUGUAUUAUUGUGAAUACCUUUAAACUGGCCAGUAGAUUGAAAAAGGAAGGCAUGGGAGUAUCAAUGCUGAGAAUUCCAGCCAUAAGAAGAAAAGUGUUUUAAAUCUUAUAGAAAUGUUUAAGCAACCCAAAUACAUGAAUAAAAAUGACACUUUUUGUAGAACCUGCCAGACAGCCAUUCACACACGUACAGAGGUUACAUCUCACUUGGAUAAUGUUGGCUCUAGGACAAAUUUUAAAAAUUAGAUCUUUCUUACCAUGGAUGUUAAAAAAAAAUUGGAAAUUUUUUAGUCAUCAAAAAAAGUACCCACAAUGAAAACACAGGUUUGCCAUAAACUUUCUUAAAAACACAUAUUUAAGAGAAAAUAAAGAGACAAAAACACCUAAUGUUGACAUUAAAAAUAAGCUACCAAGUACGAUGGUUGUAUUGAUAAUCAAAAGAAGUUUCCAUAUAUUGCAUCUCCUUGGGAGAGCGCUCCAUGUCAGACGCUGGGCCCAAAUGUUGCCCAACUCUAAUAAAUUUCAGUCUAUGAUUCUAGAAUAUCUAUCGUGUCAAAUAAUGUACAUACUUUACUACUAACUCUCACAAAAACUGCAAGGUAGGUGGCAUGAGCACCAAUGUACUUUGGGGGAAAUGGAGGGUCAGAAAGGUUGAUUUGCCAUAAGUCACAGAGCUGGCAUGGAUGGGGUGGCAGCACUGAGAUUCAAACUCAAUGUUUGUUUGAGUUCCAAGCCUGUGCUUACUUACUCUACCAUUUUGCCCUUUAGUUUGUAAAGGAUGGUAAACUGGCCUGUUAAUUAUUUUAACACCCUCUGGAAGUUGUUUAUUUCAGAGCUGUCUCAUUUUCUGCACCAUGCAAAAGAAUAUUUACAAGAUAGACAGUUUCCAUUAGCAUUAAUGCCAUAAACUGCAGGGCACACAUACGGUCUGUUCCUAACUAAAAACCCUCAUGUAGGGUAAGUAGCUAUAAAAUAAAGAAAAAUGGAGGAUUAAUAGCCUUAUACAAAAACAGAGCCUCACAGAUGAGAAUUAAAAAUAGCAAACUCGGGCCUCCCUGGUGGCGCAAGUGGUUGAGAGUCCGCCUGCCGAUGCAGGGGAUACGGGUUCGUGCCCCGGUCUGGGAGGAUCCCAUAUGCCGCGGAGCGGCUGGGCCCGUGGGCCGUGGCCGCUGAGCCUGCGCGUCCGGAGCCUGCGCGUCCGGAGCCUGUGCUCCGCAACGGGGGAGGCCACAACAGUGAGAGGCCCGCAUACCGCAAAAAAAAAAAAAAAAAAAAUAGCAAACUCAACAAAACCGUUGUCCUCUCUGAGGUACUGUCAUGAUUAGAAAGUCAUCAGGGGAUAUUAAUCAAGGAAUUAAAGGGCAUCAGGAAUGCCAUACUAUUGGAGAUUACACUUAAAAUUUCAAGGUCCCAUUUCACUUAGUGUAUAAAAUCUAAUCUGGUGUUUUUAACUCUAAAGUUUUAUUUAGUCAUUUUUAAUGAUAAUUGGUAAAUGUAUUAUAAUUGAUAAUAUAAUUGUUGGUAAGUAUAGUAUAAAUUAUACAUCUGUUUUAAAAAGCUUUCUGCAGAACAGUAUAUUUAUGGCAAAGCUAUGUUGAAUGAGUUUAAAAACAUCAAAUAUACCGCAGUUCCUUAUUUUCAGUUGUGAAAAUGAAGUGGCUGAUGCAGAAGAGACCUCUAUUUUUAUCUUUUGAAAAUGUCUGUGGUCUUUUUUCUCAGAAGCCCAAAGAGCAUGUAUAUUUUUUUUCUCCUUGUUACAUCCCCGAGAAGAGGCUAUACCAAAAAUUUUAGGAAAACAAGAUGGUAAAGGUAAAUCACAUAUUCCUCACUCCUAUGUCUAGAACCAAGAUCACAUCAUAUCAUUGUUAAGGCUGUUUUCUAGAAAGUGCAAUAUAGGAAAAACACUCUGAGACUCUUUUAGGAGCCUAGUGUUUCCCAUAUUAGAAUAUAUGGUGUUGGCAUCCAUAAGAAUCUGUUAAGCUUGUGUUUAACAGGAGAAAUGGUCUGAUAACUUACUGAUGACAAUCAUCCCCAUUUAAUGACCAGCAGUCACUGAGAGCUAUGAAAAUUCAGUAACACAGUGUUGGUCAUGAAGGAAAGCAUAUAUAUUAAUGUUGGGAUAAUUAAUGCAUAUAUCUUAAGUGCCAAAAUUUAAAACUUGUAAUUAUUUUUGAUGCAAGUCUUUCAGAUAUGUCAGUAUACCUACCCGCCUUCCUAAACAGCAUGCUCAGUACAAUUCACUUAUUCAUGAUGAAAGUAAAAGUUAUAUUCAUGUGUUAUUACAAAUAUCUAAUGAGCUCUGAUGUAUGUAAAAUAAUUCAUAAGUUGUAAAGGGCUAUAACAAAUUGAUAUUAAUUAUUAUAAAGCGAUUCCCUCAGCCUUGAGGUAUAUAUCAUCAUUUGCCUCAGAUUCCUGGUGUGGUUUUUGUUUUUUUUUAAUUUAAAAAAUCUUGUAUCUGCUAAGCAGUUUGUUUUGCUUAUAUAGUGGUCUCCUACCACACUAUCAAUAUACCUGCCUCUAACAGGCUCCCCACUUCCUUCUAAUGUGCUGUGUUCAUCUGUUAUGAGCUGGGACGUGAGAUAACCAAGCCUGCUUAGUUUCUAAUGGGCUGGGUGAGCUCUGGGUGCACAGUCUGUGAGACAGCUCUUUUGGUUGCUCACCACCUUCCUGACAGGUUCAUAAUAACCUUCUGGAUAAUAGUUCCCAGUUAAAGCCCAAGCUAGUGAUUUUUUUCAGUUGCCACUAAGUAAAAUACUACAAGCUAAGGAUGCUGCUAGAUUAAGGAGAAGCAAUGUACCAAAGUACAGGGAAGCAAAAACAAAGGCUCUGUAGUUGCACAGGGGUCUUUCAUGCUUUUAAGAAAAAAGAAGAGUGCAGAGGGGAAAAAAAAGUGAAAAUCCAGAUAGACUUAAGAGUAUUUUUGAUGCCAUUAAACUGUCAGUAGUUAUUAAAAUAUAUGGUUAAAAAAUAAAAUAAAUGGUUAAAUUAUCACACAUUGUACAAAGACACAGUUAAGUCUCAGUGCAAAAUGAGAGUGUACCGAAAUUUAUACCCUGAACACAAUUCGUAAGAAUUUCUUCCAUUCAAACAUAAUGGAAAUUAUUAUCAAAAGGAAAGUCUCAAAUUUACCUGUAUGCCACUUUUUUAGUUGUAAAUGAAUUAGUGAUAGAAAAAUGGGUUUUAUCAAAAACUCCAGGCAAUACAUCUCACAUGCACACACCUCUAUACAGGUGCCACACUUUUUGUGUGUGGUUAACCUAUUUAAAAGGUUGAUGGCAAACUUGCAUUGCAGUGGUUAGGAAUCUGCCUGCCAAUGCAGGGGACACGGGUUCAAGCCCCGGUCUGGGAAGAUCCCACAUGCCGCGGAGCAACUAAGCCCGUGCGCCACAACUACUGAGCCUGCGCUCUAGAGCCCUCUGGCCAUAACUACUGAGCCCACGCACCACAACUACUGAAGCCCACGCGCCUAGAGCCCAUGAUCCGCAAGAGAAGCCACUGCAACGAGAAGCCCUGCGCAACGCAACGAAGAGUAGCCCUCGCUCGCCACAACUAGAGAAAGCCGCACACAGCAACAAAGAACCAAAGCAGCCAAAAUUAAAUAAAUUAAAUUUUAAAAAGAUUAGGAGACCACCUGGGGCUAGAUUAAGGGAGUGCAAGUCCUGUUCACACCCUAAUCUUGUCAGAGACCCCACCUCUGGAAAAAACAACCACCACCUCGCAUUUAGCAUUAGCUUGAAAAUUUUUGUUUACAUUUUGUUCACUUUUAGAAUCAAGCAUAAGGCUGUGACAGAGGCAGUGGCUUGGUGGUUCUUGUUAGUGAUAUUCUAAACUUUUUUGAUCAUGUAACUCUUAACAGAAAAAAUUAGAGAAUACACUCCAAAUUUUGAUCAUUUAUAAAUUAUAUAUAUUGUUAUACUGAUCUAUUAUGUACAUUAUAAAACAUGUAUAAGGAAAUUUUAAAAGGAUAAGAUGUUUAAAAAAUCAAAGUUCUACAUUACCUCUUGCACUUCCAGGGUUCACCUUGUCCUUCCACUGGCACAUGCACACUUCAUUUUUUGAAGCCUACUGUUCUCAAACAUAGAAAUGGCAUUUUGCACUGAAAACACAUUUACUAAGAUCUGAACCAUUCACAUCUGUUCACUAAUGUUCUGGUCAUUUACAAGUUUGAUAUGAAUCGUGUGUAGAGUUUUAUAAAUUAUUCAGUGAAAAUUAUUCAUACCAGUAGGAAGCAUAGUUGAUAAAUUUUUGUCAAGCUGUAUACAGUGAUUGGUUCUCAUAUAGAUAAAUUUAGAACAUGCUAAUUUCCACACUGCUCCCUAGAAUGACAUUUUCUUGUGUUAUUUAACUGUGAUUGAUGGUUCAUUUUGCCAUACUAUUUUAAAUUUACUAGAAAAAUGACAAUCCUACUUGGGAUGCUUUUUUGGGAAGUCACUGAAAAGAAAGAGUGAAUCCCUUUCAGAUUUUUGAGAAAUUAAUUUUUUGAGAAAUUAAUCAUUCUUUAGCUAACUUAACUAACCAUAGCACUAAUGAUCACUAUUUCAGUUAUUCCUGAAAUACGAUUGACAUAUUUUGGACUAUUUAAAAAUUGAUUUUUUUAUUUAAAAGGAAGUGAUUUUAACGAUUUAUAUUUACAUCAGUUUCCUAUUACUGAUGUAACAAAUUACCACAAACUUAAAACAGCACAAAUACAUGUCCACUGAGAUUUCCUUCUAGGCCCUUCCCUUCUGGCAGAGAACAUGAAAAGUGGUGCAGGCAUUAGCAUCACCAGGAGGGCUUGUUAAAACAGAUUGCUAGGUUGACAUCCAGAGCUGCUUAUUUCACAGGUCUGGGGUGGGAGGCCCCAUUCUGCAUUUCUAACCAGUUCCCAGUUGAUGCUGUAGGUCUGGGGACCACAGUUUGAGAACUAGGGAUUUAGAAAAUGCAGUUAGGGUUUAGAUUCUUCAUGGAUGACAGUUCCAUGGAUCUCUGUGAAGAUAAAGAAAGCCUGUUUGGAGAACAUAUUAACUUUGGAGCUUGAGAGAUGGACAACCAUGCAUCCCAUCAGUUACACCAUCUUCCUUCAGCGAGAGCUAAGACUUCCCUAUUUUUAAGUGGUAUUUAAGUUACUGAGCAGUUAAUUACACUAAGAUCAUCUUACCUUCUCAGGAACAGACCUGGUGCUGUGUGCCUUAUCUUCUAACUCCACGAGAGGAGCCGCAACAGAAACACACUGUGAUCUCCAAACAGCUUCCAACUGCUGCGGACAAAUUCAAAACAGGAGCAACAGAAGCUCUAAACAGAGCACAGACAACUCAGAACAGCUUUUCAACCCUUUUUGGGGGGAAACAGCUGUCUCCUUUGAAAGCUAUUUAAAUUAUGGGUACACGAGGCUGCUGUGCUUACAUUAACUUGCAAAAGCCCAUCACUAUAAAAGAUGAGUUUUUGGGUAAAAUGAAGGAUCCAAAUUUCAUUGUAAAAGGAUUACUUUAUAAAAGUUAAAUACAAAGUAUCAGAUCUGUUCUGAAUACAUUGUAUUUAUUCUUAGGCAGUUAUUACUGAAGAGGUUUUGUGUGUGUACAUAAUAAAUGUAUGUAUAAAAGAAGGACUUCCUGGCUUUUGUUG